AUGGCUGAUGCAGCUUAUAGCAGGCUAGUCGAAGGAGAGGAGAUUAUUAUUGGAGCUGAAGAAACUAGCAAUAAUAGUAAUGGAGGUUAUAUUACCAAGAAGAGUGAGAGACCAAAAGAGCCAUGGAAAGGGGAGUCUGCCAAAAGCAUUUUGUAUGCCGGUCUUGAUGCCAUUGUCACUUGCUUCUCUCUCAUUUCCUCUAUCUCUGCUAGUCGUAUUUCCUCUGUGGAUGUAUUGGUGCUUGGAUUUGCAAACCUGGUGGCAGAUGGGAUAUCAAUGGGGUUUGGAGAUUUUAUGUCCAGCAGCAGUGAAAAGGAUGUCGCCGCCAAAGAACAGGCGGUGACUGAAUGGGAUGUCGCUAAUCACAGUGGCCCUGAGGAGCUGGUGGAGUUGCUUCGGCGAUAUCAAGCACUUGGGAUGGAUGUUAAUGACGCAACUACGGUUGUGAACAUUUUCGCCAAAUACAAUAACAUCAUGGUGCAUGAGAAGAUGAUGGCUCAUGGAAUGCUACAGCCCGAUGAAGCAGAAAAGCCAUGGAAGAAUGGCCUGGUCACAUUUGCAGCCUUCCUUGUGUUUGGCAGUGCUCCUCUCCUCUCCUUCAUCAUCCUCAUCCCAUUUACGAACAACGACUCGGUUAAGUUUGUUGGUGCUUGUAUCUUGUCUGCGCUUGCCCUAGCGCUUCUCGGGGCUGCAAAGGCCAAGAUUGCAGGCCAGAACUACACAUUUUCUGUGGCUGUUACUCUCUUAAAUGGAGCCAUUGCUGCAGCUGCUGCUUACGCCUUGGGGUGGGCACUUAAGAAUAUAGCUGGCCUAGAAAACUGA